AUGGCGGCGGCGCCGUUGGUGCUGGCGGUGCUUGUGGUGACGGUUGGCGUCGCGGCGGCGAUGGCGGAGGGCGGGAAGCUGCGGCAGGGGUACUACGAGCAGAGCUGCCCGCGGGCGGAGCAGAUCGUGAAGCACUACGUGGAGCGCCACAUCCCCCACGCGCCCUCCGUCGCCGCCACCCUCAUCCGCACCCACUUCCACGACUGCUUCGUCAGGGGGUGCGACGCGUCGGUGCUGCUGAACGCGACCGGCGGCGGCGAGGCGGAGAAGGACGCGACGCCCAACCUGACGCUGCGCGGGUUCGCCUUCCUGGACCGCGUCAAGGCGCUGCUCGAGCAGGAGUGCCCCGGCGUCGUCUCCUGCGCCGACAUCCUCGCGCUCGCCUCCCGCGACGCCGUCGGCGUCAUCGGCGGGCCGUUCUGGCGCGUGCCGACGGGGCGGCGCGACGGCAGGGUGUCGAUCAAGCAGGAGGCGCUGGACCAGAUCCCGGCGCCCACCAUGAACUUCACCGACCUCCUCACCUCCUUCCGCGCCAAGGGCCUCGACCUCGCCGACCUCGUCUGGCUCUCAGGGGCACACACCAUCGGUAUCUCGCACUGCAACUCCUUCACCGAGCGGCUAUACAACUUCACCGGCCGUGGAGGACCCGGGGACGCGGACCCAUCUCUUGAUGCAGAGUAUGCUGCCAACCUCCGCCGGACCAAGUGCGCCACGCCCACGGACAACACCACCAUUGUGGAGAUGGACCCCGGGAGCUUUCUCACCUUUGACACUAGCUACUACCGCGGCCUCCUAAAGCGUCGGGGACUCUUCCAGUCCGACGCCGCGCUUAUCACGGACGCGGCGGCAAGGGCCGACGUGGAGAGCGUGGCCAAGGGUCCGUCGGAGGUGUUCUUCCAGGUGUUCGCACGGUCCAUGGUGAGGAUGGGCAUGAUAGAAGUGAAGACCGGUGGCGAGGGGGAGAUCAGACGGCAUUGUGCCAUUGUCAAUAGCUAG